CCUUCCACCACUCAUACACUUGCCUAUUUUUGCUUUUCCUUAACGCAUUCAAGGAGCAAUUCGUUGCUGCACUACUCUCUCUCUCUCUCUGCACGAAUAAAUUCUUAGGGGGGGAACUGCAGAGGGGAGAGAGGAACGAUUUUACAAAAAAAGAAAAAGAUAAAUAAUAAAAAAGGAAGCAGAAAAUGGCAGUGAAUUGUAAGUUUUCGGUAGGCAUUUUUGCUGCAUUUGCCCUUGUUUUCGCAAUCUUCAUGCCUGCUGUUCAAGGCCAGGGCCACGGCGCUUUCGCCCCUGCUCCUGCUCCAACCAGCGACGGAACUGCAAUCGACCAGGGCAUUGCAUAUGGGCUGAUGCUGUUAGCUUUGGUCCUUACAUACAUCAUCCACACCUUCGACGCCCCUUUCAGUAUCUGAAUUUCCAGUGCAGAGAGUUAGUCAUUUUUUUGGUGUUUAGGUUUUUUUUCUGGAAUUUCAUUUUGAUUGACUGCAAUAUGAGUUAUGAAUCAUGUUCACUGUGGAGAGAAGAAUUUCUGACUCGUUGUAUUCUUCCCGGGACAAGAUUUUAAUUUAUUUGUUGAUCUUAUCUCUA